AAAGCGUUUGAUAAAUCUCAACUGUUUGCUUGGUUUCUAAUGAAAGUCAUUUGGCAUUUGUCCCCCCCACAACAACGAUAUAAAGCCUGGCCGUAUUAUAUGCGAUCACGAGGAACUUCGCUUGCUAGCUAUUAGAUACAUAGCCUACUAACUACAACAAUCUACCAAAUGUGCUAAUGGUAGGGUUAUGCUGAAUUGGCUCGUGCUGAUAACUUAUUGACAGAGAGAGCGUGCGGAAGAAAAGUUACCAUAUGGACUUUUGAAGAAGAGUAGCCGAAAAGUGCUUGUCCAACAAAGGCGUGGGUGUCUCUAGCUAGAUUCUAUGUUUUUUUUGUAUUUGCUUAGCCAUCUCAGAAAUGUCUGGUCGACGCAAGAAGUGUAACUGUUGGAAUAAUCUUAUCUCAUUGCAUUGAGCGCUGUGUAGCGACCUGGGACAUCUACCAAGAGGUGGUACAAGAAUAAUAUAAUCAUGGCAGACCUCAGGAUUUACAACGUUGUCAUUCUGGGACUAGGAUUUCUGUUCAUUUUCACUGCUUUCACCACCUGUGGAAACAUUGAACAAACCAUAGUUAAAAGCCUGGACAAUGAUACCUUCACUGGAAGUGGUUAUCACAGCCUUGGAAUCAUCUAUGGAAUUUUUUCCUUUUCAAAUUUGUUAGCUCCAACUGUUGUUGCAAUAAUUGGACCACAGUUUACAAUGUUUUUCAGUGGAAUUCUUUACAGUGGUUACGUAGCUGUAUUCAUCACCCCAUCAACAUGGUCCUUUUACUUCACCUCAGUACUAAUCGGCAUAGGAGCAGCCAUGCUUUGGACAGCUCAAGGACACUUCCUUGUGGAGAACUCCGAUGCUUCCACCAUCAAUAGGAACACAGGGAUGUUUUGGGCCCUUUUACAGUGCAGCAUGUUAUUUGGCAAUCUUUACAUUUAUUUUGAUUGGAAUGGAAGGAUAGAAAUAUCAGAUAGGAGCAGAAAGACUAUCUUUAUAGGUCUCAUGGUUACCUCAGUGCUGGGAACACUCAGCUUCCUGGCUCUGAGAAAGACUCCUCCAACAGAAGAGGAGAUGCUCAAUGAGGAGGAAGGCCAGCCUUUGCUCUCGUCUCGCAUGAUGUAUAAGCAAAGAGCCAACUCUGCAGUACAAGAUGCAAAGUCAGAAUUUAAGACAAUCCUGCAACUGCUCAAAACCAAAACCAUAUUGCUCCUGAGCUGUUGCAUGGCAUACAGUGGUCUGGAGCUAUCUUUCUACAGUGGUGUGUAUGGGACAUGUAUCGGGGCUACAACAGAGUUUGGAGCGGCAGCUAAAGGCUUGAUUGGGAUCUCUGGAAUCGUGGUGGGGAUUGGAGAGAUAGUUGGUGGAGGCGUAUUUGGACUAGUAUGUAAGAACAACCGCUUCAGAAGGACAUCUGUGGUCUUCCUGGGGAUGGUCGUCCAUUUUGUUGCCUUUUACUUGAUCUACCUCAACAUUCCAGAUGAUGCCCCUGUGGUUUUAAAAACUAGCACACUGAACAAGCCAUAUCUGACACCAAGUAUCUCCAUCGCAUUGCUGUGUAGUUUCCUGCUUGGACUCGGUGAUAGCUGUUUCAACACUCAACUGUACAGCAUCUUGGGGCGUGUUUAUGCUGAGCAAAGCGCGCCUGCUUUUGCCAUCUUCAAAUUCAUCCAGUCCAUUUUUGCAGCAUUUGCCUUCUUCUACAGUGGCUACUUGCUGUUGACAUGGCAACUGCUCAUUAUGGUCAUCCUGGGUUUCACUGGAACACUCUGCUUCUUCAUGGUGGAAAGAAUACAGAACUUCUCUGUAGACCUACAACAAGAGUAUUAGGACCUGACAUUUCAACACUGGCACAGUCAUGUAUGUCAGACUUACAUUUCUAGUU